AUGUGCAACUGCUUCACUCCUAAACGGGCAGCAAAAUGGGCUAUACUUAAUUCCUUUGAAGUGGAUAUGACCUUCGAACUUGUCCAUGGAGAGUUUGAGGAAGUUGUGCUCGCAACAACAUUGAAAGGAGGUAGGGGCCUGGAUCAAGCCUUUAUUCUGGCACGAGCCUUUGUCAAUGCAGAUUCAGCUGAGAUGUACAUCCUGGCCUUCCAGGCAUUGUUCAGAAGAAAUGAGGCGGUCACUGGCCAUGCUGUUGAAUGGAGACAUAUUCAUACCCGAGGAAUCGAGGCAGUAGUCCUCGAUAUGUGUAAGAAGCAGGCACAUGAAAUAGGUGUCUGA